GAGCUGAGGCCAGUGUGUCGCUGGCUUUGGUGAGGCGAGGACCGCGCUGCUCCCUCCCUCCUCCUCCCCCACGACAAACACACACAUACGCCCCCAGCACGCGCGACCCACGGCAGAAAAUGGCAGGCAGGCUGUGGACAGUCCAAAGGUUCUCCAGGUCCAAUUAAGACACAGGAAAGAGUGUGUCCAAGGGAGGAAGACCCGCCCGUACACAGUCGACUCUCAUCACCCGCCACUAAUUAACACAAGACAGGGUGAGGACGAGGAGCGGAAGAGGAGCAGGAGGCGUGGAAGAGGUGCAGAGGAGAAGGAGGAAAGGAAAGGAGGCUGCUUUGGGAGAGGAGAGGAGAAAAGGAGGUCACGCACGAGAGGGAAGUGUCGAAAACAGAAAUAUAAUACAGAAAAAUAUUAAACCCCAGCAUAAUCUGAAGCCAUUCGUCAUCAGUGUAAACCCUGACGGAUGUGAUCUCCUUGACAGGUGACGAUUCACCCUACAUCGGCAGCCAUCGCCAGCCCGGGAUGUCGCGGCGCUUGAGGGCGUGGCGUGAGGCUGGCUGCUAAAGCGGCGAUCUGGUGUGGCUGCUGAGGGAGCCAUGACGCUGCUGUGAACCGCCGCGCCGGCCCUGCAGCACUUCGGUGGAGCCCUGCUGGCCGGCGGGGCGGAUGGGCGGUGAUGGUGGGGCAGCGAGGAGUGAUGCAGGCGGCAUGACGCUGUCCACGCACCCAGGGACGCUGCUGCACCCUCCAGACCAUGUGCACGUCGCAGAACCAAAACACAACUCUGUAUCAGCCCAGGACGCGCACGGCUUUGGUGUGGGCGUGUGUGUGGGUGUGGGCGUCGGUGAUCAUGGGUGUGUGGGGCGGGUGUCCCAAAGUGUGUGAAUGUUUCUGGCGAGACGCGCUGCAGACGGUGGCCUGUCGCGGGGCAGACUUCAUAGACAUCCCUCGUGGCAUCGAGCCCUCCACUCAGGUGCUGGACCUCAGUCACAACAAUCUGAAGAUCCUUCCCCGAGACGCCUUUGCUUACACAGGCCUCGUCAACCUCCAGAAGGUGAUGCUCAACCACUGUAACCUCAUAUUCCUAGAAAAAGGCUCCUUCAACAGCGUGGAGAACGUGAAGGAGCUGGACCUGAGCAACAACCACCUUCGAGCGAUCCCGUCGGCGGCACUCAUGAACAUGCUCAUGCUGCGGGAGCUGCGCCUCGCCCAUAACAACCUCACCACCAUUCCAGCCGCAGCCUUCCACAACACACCGCACAUCGUCCAGCUUGAUCUCAGCCACAACAAGAUACAGACGGUCGAGGUGGGCGCCCUAAAGAACCUCUCCGAACUAGAAAUUUUGAACCUGGCCGAGAACAAACUCACGGUUCUAAGCUCGUCUGAGUUGGUGUCUCUGGUGCUACUGCGGGUGAUUCGGGUCGAUGGAAACCCAUGGCGCUGCACCUGCCACCUCCGCCCGCUGCGGCAAUGGUUCCAUGACCGCAACUUGGCCGCGUCGGUGCCGCCCUCAUGCUCGUACCCGAAGUGGCUGUUGCGGCGGGACUGGCAGCUGUUGGAGAAGGAGGAGCUGCUAUGUGCACCGCAGGUUUCAGCGGUUGCACCUCGGGUGCUGGCGGCUCACGGGGAGAAUGUUUCGUUAUUGUGCCGCGUCGAGACGGAAGUGGAAACGACCGUCACCUGGUACAUGGGCGAUGUGCCACUGGUCAACGACAGUGACCUGCAGCGUGAUAUUGUGGUUGACCUGAUCACCUCAAACAACACGUCCUAUGUUUCAAACUUGACAAUCACGGAUGUGGCGUCAGAGGACCAAGGGACGUACCGCUGCGUGGCGGAGAACAGGGCGGGGGUGCGGGAGGUCAACUUCACGCUGCAGGUAUCGCACGAGGUGGCCGAGGUGCGGGUGGCAAACAUGGACGUGAGCUAUAUGAAGGAGGGGCUGCUGGGGGGAGUGUCAGUCCUCCUGGUGGUGAUGGUGCUGGUGUGCAGUGUGCUGUACUGCAAGGUGCGAGGCUCUAGGGAGACGCGGCGCGACGAGGACAGCGUCGAGACUGCCCAGUCCUCCCGGAGCUCAGAGUGUGACCCGCAGCACAAGCUAGCCGGCUACCACGUGAUACCUACUAAUGACAUGGAGGAGUCAUCACCGAAGAGACAUGAGCAGCCAGAUCCAUCCUGGAGUAUCAGACACAGAGGUCCUGGGGACUUUCCUUUAGGUAACGGCGGUGAGAUGGGUGGCGAGGAGCGGUCAGAGUUGCCUGAGGGCGCCGCUGCACAGCCCACAGCGUCAGGCAAUUUACCCUACGUCGACCCCAGCGGCAAAGACGAAGUGAUGGGGACGCGGCUGGCGGCCCUUGAGGCGGGUCAUUGGAAGGAGAUGAUGUGCCCCAAGGACAUGUUCCCCCACAGGGUAUGCAGUCGGUCCGUGUCCCAGGUGUCUCUGAGCGGGGGGCGGCAGUACCCAGACCUGCUGGACCUGCCUCACCCACAGCUCGGCCUGCAGCUCCAGCAACACCUGCCGCUGCAGGAGGUCGGGCAGGAGCUUCAGGGCCUCGCCGCUGCGGCAUCGUGUUCUAGACCGCGGACUUACAGUGAUGCUAGCGGACUGGGCGGCAGCGGAGGGGCAGGAGCGGCGCAGGAUGGACAAACCACCCUGGAGACGCCCCUCUCCCAGGUGUACACCCCGCAGGACCACUCCGACAGCAGUUUGUCAAGCGUCCUUUGCCACCUCCUCCAAGUCCCCCAUCAGCCCCCAAGACCCCGCUUCUCGUCCCCCAGCAGGUCCUCCAGCGCUCUCAACCUCGCCCUCAGUCAGGCCGCCUCCAACGCCUACGCCAACGCCCACCUUGCCGCCGGGACCCAUCAGUGUCUCGGGGCGGCACCUUUAAUGGACCCCUCCCAGAGUCAGGGUCUGAGGCCCCUGGAGGACCCUUGCAGGACUGAGGGAGCCGGAGCUGAUGGCGGCGCAUGUAGUCACCUCCACACCGCCGACCCGUGUCACUUUGAGUACCACGCCGCCCAGCUGGAAAAGUUCCUGACGGAGUACCGGUGUCUGCAGGAACAGCUCAUCCACAUGAAGCAGUCGUACGAGGCACACAAGCGGGCGGGUUCUAUUCCAAGUUUGGACUGCUGCCCGGCAUCAGCUGGGGGACAACGGUCGGACUAUCCUAAAGGCGUGACGUGCUGCUCGUGUGGCCACAAGGGGGCGUACAUGCAGACCGCAGGGGUCCCUCCACUUCCCACAGAGUUUGCCCAAACUUCCCUCUCUGAUACCACUGUCACAAUGCCCCAAACGUCGGCCGCCGCUACUGGCUUCUCCGACACACCACAGCCAAAUGAACCAAGCCUCGACAACAACAGUACGCAGGCCACGGCCGGGUACGCGGAGAGCUUCAUGCCAAGUCGCCAGUACUUGGAUGACGGCCUGGCGCAACAGCAAGGCGCGGGUUACGUGGCUAUGGGCGAGACCAGUGUGGCCAGCCCAGGAACACAAAGCCCAGCCAGAGGAAGCCCAAAGACCAACACCCUGACAAAAGCGUCCAAAGAGCCACUAAAAUCCAUCCUUAAGAAGAACACAGAAGGAGGAGGAGGGCGGCGGCGCGGCGACCAGUGGACCAGAAGUGCCUCUUGCUGCGAGCGGCGGACAGGCCCCGCUCCCCUAGGUGACCCCGCCUACGCUGUCGCCCCAGACUCGCGGUCCAAAACGACAGAGAAUCUCCAACCAGCCGACCUGCCCCGCCCCGCCCCAGGACACGGUCACUACGAGCCCUAAUUCGGACGGUCAGCGGUGCACAUACAUACAUCAUACAUCAGUCGACGUGCACACACUCCCCAAUGGCGUGUGCGUGUGUGUGCGUAUGUAUGUAUGGGUAUUUAGGUGAACGCCAACGUGUUUGGAUCAGUCUGAAUGAGUGUCUACAUUAUCCAAAAAUGAUAUUCAAAAAGUCCACACAAUACAAGUAAUGAUCAACGUACAUCAGUCACCUGCACAUCAAAGGCAAAGUAUAUAAUAAUAAUAAAAAAAACAAUACCAAAAAAAAAUGUGUUUCGGCGUAUGAUGGAUGACUCGUUGCACUGAUGUUUUGAAUAAAUAAAUACCAAUAAUAAAUAAAAAAGAGGAGUAAAGUCUGUUGUAAAUAUGUCUUUUGUAGAUGUAAAUAAUUUCUAUACACACUCACACACACGAUUAGAGAGGAUAAAAUAAAGGGAUAAAGAUGAGCAAGAAAUAACACAAAAAAAAAUAUGGUCCUAAAAAUCGUACUUCAAUGCUGUAUAUUAUUUUUUUUCUUUACGUUUCCUUCACGAAUGUUUUUUUUUAAUUUUUUUUUUUAGGCUGUUCAUUCUCCGGAGUGCGUCACGUCGUCGUAAAUGUGUUGUGAUAUCUGGCAACUGUCGAGGGUUGGCAAAGACCAUUAUUAUAUUCAUUUUCCUCUUGGCUGUCUGCUUGUAUGUAUGUAUGUAUGUAUGUGUGUGUGUGUGUGUGUGUGUGUUUGAGAGAGAGAGAGAGAGAGAGAGAGAGAGAGAGAGAGAGAGAGAGAGAGAGAGAGAGAGAGAGAGAGAGAGAGAGAGAGAGAGAGAGAGAGAGAGAGAGAGAGAGAACGUGGGUGUCCCUUCAAUUGCUAUUCACUUCGAAGCCUCGGUGUACGGACUUCCAGAGUCGGUCGUGUCUCUAUAUAAGGAUUU